CUCUCUAUUUUGGCGAAGAUAUCACUCGAUAAUGUCAUAUCCCGCGGUGCACGGACGGUCUCGGACAUCCUGCUGGUAACGGGGAGAAGGGUGCCGGGUGGACAUGGUCAAUGAGGUCGCUCAGCAUCAUGGAGCUGCCUUGCAGAGGGUCUGGGGUCAGAUUGUACCCGAGCUAAAUGGAGUUUCAGCCGUUGGACGCUGCGUACUGGCCUAGCCGCCACCAAUGAUAACAACCCCAAGACAGCCUGUUUGACAUGAUGCUGCCUCUCUAGCAAGAGGACGACUCUCACAUCUGGAUUGGAUCUAUCAGCCAUCAACAUGUCCGACCAGAACUACUACUGGACCGUGCUGCCGAGCUACAAAACUAGUUUUGUGACCGGGGCCAUGAUGAAAAGAUCGAAAAGUUCCCGUAACAACAAGAGAAGGAGUUUGGCGGUCGGGACCCCGUCGCCCACGCUCUCACGGCCUCUUUCACCUCUCCCACUUGCCACAGCUGGCAGCAGCCCUUCAGAAAGCCCCAGAAAUGUGUCUGCCAGCACCUCUGCCAACUUCCAGUUUGCCCGCAGCCAACUGGCACGCACUGAAAGAGCGGAUGGGCGAAGGUGGUCCGUGGCGUCAGUUCCCUCGUCUGGAUACUGUACCAAUGCACCCAGUUCAUCAGUAUCUUCCUCUUCUUCCCAGGAGUUAUUGCACCAGUUGCCCUUCCAGCCCACGCAAGAUGAUCUCCACUUCCUGUUCAAACAUUUCCGGAGCACCGAGAGUGUGGCGGAUGAAGAUGGAGCACACGCCUCGCCUCCUGUCAGGCUCCGCUCUCGCAGUCUCAGCCCUAGCCGGACCUGUGGAACAUUUGACAACGAAAUUGUCAUGAUGAAUCAUGUCUACAAAGAACGCUUUCCUAAGGCGACAGCCCAAAUGGAGGGACGGCUGCUCGACAUCAUUGCAGAGUGUUCCCCAGGCUCUGCUCUGCCCCUGGCUGAUGGUGUGCUGGGAUUCAUUCAGCACCAGCUGGUGGAGCUCGCCAGGGAUUGUCUGGACAAGUCCCAGAAAGGCCUGGUCACCUCUCGGUACUUUGUGGAGCUGCAGGAGAAACUGGAGAAGCUGCUGCACGAGGCGUAUGAGCGAUCAGAGAGCGAGGAGGUGACCAUCAUCACCAAAUUCGUCAAAAAGAUUCUCAUCAUCAUCUCGAGGCCUGCCAGGCUGCUGGAGUGUCUGGAGUUUGAUCCAGAGGAGUUUUACCAACGUUUGGAGGUUGCAGAGGGUCAAGCCAAGGUGGGCCAGGGCAUCAAGACUGAUAUUCCAAGAUACAUCAUCAGCCAGCUCGGCCUCACCAGGGAUCCCUUGGAAGAGAUGGUUCAACUGGAGCAGACGAAUCAGAUUCACAGAGCGGCCAGCAGAGAGUCUGAUGACACAGGAGAGUUAACACCUUUACAGAGCCGAGCAGCCUGCACCCCUCCUCGUAGGAAACCACUGGAGAGUGACUUUGAGACUAUCAAGCUUAUUAGCAAUGGCGCCUAUGGGACUGUAUUUCUGGUACGCCACAAGGAAACCCGUCAACGCUUUGCCAUGAAGAAGAUCAACCGGCAGAACCUGAUGCUUCGAAACCAAAUCCAGCAGGUGUUUGUGGAGCGAGACAUCCUCACCUUUGCUGAAAACCCGUUUGUCGUUUCUAUGUUCUGCUCUUUUGAGACACGGAGGCACCUUUGCAUGGUCAUGGAGUAUGUGGAAGGUGGGGACUGUGCCAACCUAUUGAAGAACAUUGGUCCUCUCCCUGUGGACAUGGCUCGGAUGUAUUUUGCAGAGACUGUCCUGGCUUUGGAGUAUCUUCACAACUACGGCAUCGUACACAGAGACCUGAAACCUGACAAUCUGUUAAUCACCUCCUUGGGACACAUUAAGCUGACAGACUUUGGGCUGUCAAAGAUUGGUCUGAUGAACAUGACCACCAACUUGUAUGAAGGACAUAUUGAAAAGGAUACCAGAGAGUUCAUCGACAAACAGGUGUGUGGCACUCCGGAGUACAUUGCUCCAGAGGUGAUCCUGAGGCAGGGCUAUGGGAAGCCAGUAGACUGGUGGGCUAUGGGCAUCAUCCUCUAUGAGUUCUUAGUGGGCUGUGUGCCUUUCUUUGGAGACACACCAGAACAGCUCUUUGGUCAAGUGGUAAACGAUGACAUCAUCUGGCCAGAGGGGGAAGACGCUCUGCCAGCUGAUACCCAGGACCUUAUCACCAGACUGCUGAGACAGAGCCCUCUGGAGCGACUGGGAACAGGUGGAACCACGGAGGUGAAGAUGCACUUGUUCUUCUUCGGUUUGGACUGGAACGGCCUCCUAAGACAGAAAGCUGAAUUCAUACCUCAACUAGAGACUGAGGAGGACACCAGCUACUUUGACACCCGAUCAGAGCGCUUCUGUCACCUGGACUCAGAUGACGAUGAUGAAACCAACGAUGAUGAAUCAUCUCUGGAGCUCCGACAGUUCUCCUCUGUUGCCCACCGCUUCAGCAAGGUGUACAGCAGCACCGAGCACCUGUCCACCUCCACACCGUCCAACCAGAGCCUGUCGUCAUCAGAGCGAAGCCACAGUGAGGAGAAGGAGGAGCGAUGGGAGGGAAGGGGAGUCCUCUCUCCUGGCGAUGGACACAAACACUUGGCCAGUGGAGACAGGAGGGCAGAUGGACACAGGGGGAGGUGGGAGCAUGAAACUCUGCGUCCUCGUGCUUCGUCCAGCUCCUCCCAGUCAGAGCGUAGUGCCAGUCCACUGGUGAUGAACAGCACCCAAAGCCUCGACAUCAUGCCACGCUUUGCCAUCUCUGCCGAGGAGGAAGACGGGAUGGUUUCCAACUUGCGCCGCAUUCGGCUCCGGAGCAACAGCACAGGCACCAGGCCGUCCUUCCGUAGAGGGGCGUCCCGGCGCAUCGCCCACCAGCUGGAGACCCCAGAGAAACCCAGGUCCUCAGCUGGAAAAGUCCCCAAGUCUGCCUCUGUCUCUGGCUUGUCCCUCAUCAUCACCCCAGAUGACUCAGCAGGUCCUCCUACUAGCCCCAAAUCGUCCUUGUCCCUGUCGUCCAAUCCGUCGUCUAGAGAUUCAUCCCCCAGCAGGGACCUCUCUGUCAGCAUCAGCUGCCUCAGGCCUCCUGUGGUCAUCCACAGCUCUGGAAAGAGGUUUGGCUUUGCGUUGCGAGCUAUCAGAGUCUACAUGGGAGAUAGUGACGUCUACACGGUUCACCACAUGGUCUGGUGUGUUGAGGAAGGCAGUCCGGCACAGGAGGCAGGAUUGAGGGCUGGUGACCUCAUCACUCACGUCAACGGGGAGUCUGUCCAGGGACUCGUCCACACCGAAGUGGUGGAGCUCUUGCUCAAGAGUGGAAACAGGGUGACCCUGCAGACUACUGCACUGGAGAACACUUCUAUCAAGGUUGGCCCCGCCAGAAAAGCAAGCUACAAGGCCAAAAUGGCCCGACGCAGCAAGAAGAGCAAAAGGAAGGACGGACAGGACAGUCGACGACGUAGCAUCUUGAAGAAGCUGUCCAAGCACACGCCUCCUCCGCCCUUGCAGAGCAGUCGUAGCUUCUCUUCGGGUUUCCACCAAUCAUCCAGCGACAGCCUCUCCGGAUCCCCCACGCAGAGUCUCUCUCCUGGGCCGUCUACGCCUUGUCGCUCUCCUGCUCCUGAUCACUCUGGAGAUUCUAGUUCCUCUCCUUGCUCCAGCUCCCCUAACUCGCCUGUACCACAGGCCCGUCCCAGUUCCCUACACGUCUUGGGUCGCUACACCAAAGCCGGUCGCUGCAAGUCCACCAGCAGUAUCCCUCCUUCACCGCUGGCCUGCAUACCCCCUCCUCAGCCCCUCUCUCCCCAGUGCUCUCCAUCCUGUCUCCCCAGUCACCCCAAGUCCCUACAGGGUUUCCAUGGGAAGACAUUGUCCCCCCCAACUAUCACCCGCCAUUCUGUGCGUCCCCGCAGUGCAGAACCGCCACGGUCACCGCUCCUCAAGAGGGUCCAGUCAGCGGAGAAGCUGACGGGAGACAAGAUGACGGGGGGUUACCAUGGAGAUAGGAAGGCCUACAGCACCCGUCGCCACACUAUGGAGGUGCCUCUGUCCGAAGGGGAGAUGCUGGAGGACUUGGAGGGGGACACCGCCACCGGGUUCGUCUGCGUCGGUGAGCAUGGUCGUCAGGGUCUGUACAUAGGAGGGCAGAGAGGCCACCAGGACACGGCCAGCGGAGGCAGCGAGCAUUACCGUGCUACCGCCUCGCCACAACACCGCGGGGGCAACCACCACUCCAAAGAGGUGGUGGUGAUGAGGAAGCUGGCACUGUCGGAGCGCAGGGACUCCUUCAAGAAGCAGGAGGCCGUGCAGGAAGUGAGUUUCGAUGAUUUGGAGGAGAGAGAGGCGACGCCGAGCCCGACGCUUCCUGUUACGCAGCAGAAAGCAUUCAAGGCAUCUUGGAUCAACUCGGCCCAGUCAGAAUCCGCUGCGAAGCUGGAAGGAAGUGGAUCACAGGGUACAAAAACACCUCAGAAAGCCAAGUCAAAAGACAAAUAAGGGUUUUAGUUUAGUCAGUUUGCCAGGGCGUCUCACUGAGGAGGAGACUGAAAAGUGAAGUUAAGUCUUUGACCUGCUACUGUACUUACAUUUGAAGGCCUUGCAUGUGUGUCCAGAAAACUGUGACCAAGUCCCAAAUCAUCACAAGCAACUGCUUGAAGACAGAAGAACAAAUUAACAUUGAUGUAUCUCAGUAAUAUAUGCAUCCUGCAACACUGUUAACAGAAUAAUGACUGCCAAACUAUGUUUACUUCCUAGUUGCUUGUUUUCGCUCUUGGUUCUCAAAUUACUGUGGCACCUGUAACUGAUGUAUUUUGUAAAUAUGUUUGUUUUAAAUGAAGAAACUUAUUUAUGACUUUUUAUGUUCAUCUUGUUUUUUCGGUUGCUGAUAAAUGCCUUGGAUGCUUCAGCUUCUCAUAGUUCAUGAAAUGCACAAAAGAAAAGCCACACAAAAACGUCUGUGUGGUUUUACAGAAGGUGCAGAAAAGGGCAGGUAACAUCAGUCAAUAUUGUACCAUAUUUUUUUUUAUACCUCAAUGCCUGCCUAGAACUGGGUGUUGGUUUCUUCAGAUUGGGCCUUUGAAACAAACUAACAGUGUUUGUCCUGCAGCAUAUAAUGUAUAUAAUACAGACGAUACUCUGUGUGCUUCCUCUCUAUCACACAGAUUGUGGAGGAAAUUUGAACUAAUUUAUCCCAAACUAAGGCCUUGUAUAAAAAAAAAUUUGAAGGACAAAAAUAUCAACAUCUUAAAUACUUGGAAGUCUAACUGUGGUGCCAAAGCAAGGUUUAGCCAUAGGAACCAUUUGAAAAGAGGUACUGUAGUUGUAUAUAAGAAGCUUCAUGCAUGCAUGGGCUCUACUUCAACAUCCUGUCCAUCCUGUUAAAAAAGUGUGUCACUCCUCUAGCAGAUGUUUAAAUCAUAACCUGAUCAACACACAGGUCUGUAGAUAAAGCUUUGUGACUACCUGAAACCAGGCUGUUGUCGCUGUCCUCUAAUACCUUGUUGAAUCAAGCCCCGUCCAGCUCCUUAACCUAGUCUAACUGAAGUGUUUGCACAAGUCAUAGUAGCCGUAUAACAGUUAGAGCACAUUCAUAUUUCAAGAUGACUUCCUUCUGCGUAGGAUUCAAAAUUUGUACAGUGGAUGCAACUGAAUGAAACUUGUUCCUUUGGCUGUUUUUUUUUUAUGCGUGUUAUGAAUGAAUGUUUACAUUUUAGUGCAAAAUCUGUGUGUGGACUUGUCAUGGUUUUUGUUAAAUUAUUAUGAAAAAGAUGAAUGAAAUCCAACCUGGGGCCCUGAGUGGAUGAAGGAAUGAGAAGAGCUGAUCUCCUUUUGUAUAUUUUGAUAUGUAAACAGUCUUGUUGCAGUACUAAUAAACUAUGCUGUUGAUGUAUGUUGUAUAAACAAUGGUGGACCUUAUAACAGCUGUUGAUGGUGUUGUUUGAAAGUGACCUUGUAAGGGUAGAUGGGCUCAGAUACAUUGUGUGAUGUGACAGGGUCUAAAUCUCAUGUUGCGAUCAGCCUCAAAGGAUUGUGCAUGGUUCAUAUCCCAGUAUAAUAUUCCCACAAUUUUAGAACAUUUUUUAACGCUCUUGGAAGUUAUAAAUCCAAAGGGCCUUGAAUUCUUAAAUCUGAUGCUCAGUAACUGAUUUUAGCUUUAAAAUUUGAGUUUUGUAACAUAUGGGAUUUGGUUUUCAGCUAUGUUUUCUUUAUUUUAUACUUUUGUGGCCAUUUUGAAUCCUUUUCUUAUUGUUUUCAUUCAGGAACUGUUUGCACCUGUAACCAAAAAUGCUUCCGAUCUCAUUUCGGAAUUUUUUUUUACACAGAAGAAACUUUUGUCUUGUGUUAAUGAUGGCAUACAUUUGUAUUUUGCCUAAUUAAGGGAACUGUUAAUGUGAGAAUUCAUAACGGAUGUUUAGCACAUACUUAGUCUUGAAAGGUGGUUAUAGAUUGUGGGGUUUUGAAAUUGGGAGUAAGACGUUUGUUCGUUGUGCUUUGGGGAAACAAAACGGUGUGUCUGUAUAGGAUUUAUCCCUGAAUUUCUGAUGCAAUAUACAUCUUAUGUUCUUAUGAUUUUAUGUUUUUAUUUUGUACCCCAGCCAAACAGUCAUAGUAUAUUUUGACCUUAAGUUGUAUCAUCAUUUUAUACUUUUUUAAAUUAAGACUUCAUUUUUUUGAGAUCUCAGCAGCAGACCAUACCAGCGGUCAAAACGACUCUUUGCAUCUCUGUUUUUGCCAGAAUGUGUGUGAUAAACUUCAUGAUUUCACAACUGUCAUUCUCCAUCUUGUCAGUCAUGUCUUCCACACUUGUUUUAGUGGAUUAAAAGUUGUUGCUCUCCAUUCGACCCCUUGUCCCAAAGUGUCAAACUGGCCUUUAUGAAAUUCCUACCAUGUGGGUAUCUGAUGCAGACUGGUGUGACAUUGUUUUUUUUUUAUUGUCUUAACAGUGCUUGAAAUAAAUGCAUUACAAAGGGACAACAAAGUCCAGG